AUGGAGAUCAAGUUCAAACUCCAAAAGACAAGUUAUACACAACCUAGCCGUACUCAAAAGGCUCAGAAACCAUCAAGUUUGGCAUUCGUUCAUGUCGACAAUCCAAAACAAGCCAAAGACAAGGAAACGUUGAAGAAAGUGCGUCGCCAUGUCAUGAAAGACAUCGGCAAAUCAAGACGAUCUUGUAUAACCCAUAAUGUGACUGUCGCAAAGUCAUUCCCCCAAUCUGCACAAGCCCCGACAUAUUGGGGCGAUGUGGAAGUCUGCGUCAACUUCAAGCGUCUUUUGUGGGCUAUGGAGAUGGUCUCUGGAGCGCUCUUGUCUAUAGCAGUGGUUGAGCCAUCAAUUGGAGACCAGCAAAAUAUCAGCAAAAGAAUCUAUGGUCCACCUUCUCUGAGAGACAUCGAGCUAUAUACGCAAUCACUUGGCACGGUUCGCGAGUCCAUUUUGGCCGAGAGCCGGAUCCGUCGGAAAGCGGUCAUCGGGACUGUGAUAUGUCUAUCUGUGUUUGAUAUGCGAGUUGGUAAUUUGAGUUCGUGGGAGAUGCAUAUGGCAGGACUUCAACGGCUCGUCGACCACGUCGGUGGUAUUGAAACUCUGGACUCGAAUUCUCCUUUGCGACAGGCUCUGUUCUUAGCCGAUAUUCUGGGUGCCUUGAAAAAAGAUAUCAAGCCAAAAUUCCCGGUGCUUGAUUUCCAAUUUGAGCCACAAGCGAGCAUGACUCCACACACCCAAAGGCUGAUACGCUCGCUCGAGCAAUUAGACCUCGUAGACCAAACACCGAUAGUCGUCAUCCGGAAUUCCCUUUCAUAUGUCUCUCGAGUAGCAGCAGUUCUGAACAAGCAGUGGUCGGAUAAUCCGACUGAUUCCGCUUUUGUUCUGCCUGUGUGCUACUUGACACACCAGGCUUUGUCACUGCCGAGGUGGGAUCUGGUCACAGAAGAGAGUACAGAAACUGCCACCCAAGCCUUGGCCCUAGCAGAACUUGUCCGUGCUGCGACAGUAUCUAUUUUCUGCAUUGUGGUAUCUCAGACGUCUGAAGAUAUGGGAUACAUGAUCUCCCGCCGCGAAGUUCCUUUUCAAUACCUAAUGUCCCUUAUAGACGACGAAUUCUGGAACGGAAAGCUAGAUCUGAAGCUGUGGUUGCUGGUAAACCAGCUCUGUAUAGAAGCAGGCUAUUCGAGAUUUUGGUAUCUGGAGCAAAUUGCUGAUACAAUGACAAAAGCCAAUAUACAAUCGUGGAAAGGGUUGAUGUCCUGUUUGCGGGAGGUUGUUUGGGUUGAGGGUUUGGCUCCAUUUGAGAUGUCACAACUGCGGUUGUAUAUCGAGAAGAGAUUAGAAUAG